AGAUAUGAGAUAGAUGAUAAAUAGAUAGAUAGAUAUAUAUAUAGAUAGAUAGAUAGAUAGAUAGAUAGAUAUGAGAUAGAUGAUAAAUAGAUAGAUAGAUAGAUAGAUAUGAGAUAGAUGAUAAAUAGAUAGAUAGAUAGAUAGAUAGAUAGAUAGAUGAUGGACAUAGAUAUAUAGAUAGAUAGAUAGAUAGAUAGAUAGAUACAAAAAUAGAUACGAGAUAGAUAGUAGAUAUGAGAUAGUUAGGAGAUAGAUAUAUUCGAUAGAGAUGUUAGAGAGAAAUAGAUAUAUAGAUAUGAAAGAUAUAUGAGAUAGAGAAUAUAGUAUUAGUAAGAGUUUAUAUUUCAGUUUAUAAAUACAAUAAUUUUCAUCAUAUACAUAGAAACUAUAAACCCAAUGGAUUCCUACACAUCAAUGCUGAAUACAUAUUAUUAAAGUAUCCCACAAAGCCAAGCGAAUAUUCUGACAUACUAUUCCGAUCGUGUUCUUUCCUUCUCUAUUUCUAUUAUUGUUAUAGCAUUAUCUUUAAUCUUUUUGCUUGUAAAAGUACAGAUGUUAUUAAUAAGGUUGUUGUUAUUGUUAGUAGUGAUAUUGUAGUUAUUCAUAGAUUGAUGUGCAAUUCGAAUGUAAGAUUCCACCUAAAUGAUUUCUUUAGUCUAUUUGUCUGCCCCGUAUGUGUUGUGUAAUGGUUGACAAACACUCUGGAUAUAGAUAAAUCAGCGCUUUAAUACAAUUAUCUCUUAAAUGAAUGGAGUCUCCACCGUGUUUGUAGGAGAUUAGAAACCCUUAUACUGUAUAGAGAUCAGUCAAUAAAUCAGAUACUUCAUACAGGGAGGUAAAGGGUGCACAGGGAAAAAGUCAUCUGUCCUGCUCAUACACAGAUAGAUAGACAGAUAGAUAAAUAGAUAAAUAAUAAGUAGGCAGACAGAUAAAUAGAUAGAUAGGUAGAUAGAUAAUAGGUAGGCAGACAGAUAAAUAGAUAGAUAGAUAGGUAGAUAGAUAGAUAAAUAAUAGGUAGACAGACAGAUAAAUAAAUAGAUAGAUAAAUAAUAGGUAGGCAGACAGAUAAAUACAUAGAUAGAUAGAUAAUAGGUAGACAGACAGAUAAAUAAAUAGAUAGAUAGAUAGAUAAAUAAUAGGUAGGCAGACAGAUAAAUAAUAGGUAGGCAGACAGAUAAAUAGAUAGAUUAGAUAGAUAGAUAGAUAGAUAGAUAAUAGGUAGACAGACUGAUAGGAAAUAGAAAGAAUAUGAAAGAAUGAAAGAAAGAAAGAAAAAAGAAAGAAAGAAACUAGGAAAGAAAGAAAGAAAAAAGAAAGAAACAAGGAAAGAAAGAAAGAAAGAAAGAAAAAAAAACAAGGAAAGAAAGAAAGAAAGAAAGAAAAAAACAAGGAAAGAAAGAAAGAAAGAAACAAGGAAAGAAAGAAAGAAACAAGGAAAGAAAGAAAGACAGGUUGGAUGUUGGAUACAUAUCUGCUGGUGUUUUGGAGAACACUUUUUGUUAGCAGUAAAGGAAAGUUGGAAGUGUCCUUGUUUGUGGACUUUGUGUUUGUUGUUGGUAAGGGAUGUAUCAUUGUGAUAGUCUGCAGAUAAGGUGGACAGGAAUAAAGAGAAUAAAGGAGCUUUGGCCCUUUGAAGGUGGAUUAGGAGUCCUAAUAAACACACUCAUUAUACCCCAGUUGUGUUGCAGAUCAUUUUCAGCUGCUGUUAAACAAUCUGAUUUGCAUUUCUUUUAUUUAACAAGUCAACAACAAGGUUGCAAAUCACAAAAAAAAAAAAAGGGCAAUUGGGUAACUGUAUGAAAGGAAAGAGCUCUGCUGGGCUGCGAAUGGGCGCUGCUCCAAGUCCUAGAGUUAGGGAGAGUUGUGUAUGUGUGAGGGGACCUGGGGCCAAUCAAAUAGCUGCUCCCUCCCCCUCUGCUCUCCUAUUGGACCAAACCAUUAUUGGCUCCUGCUUUAUUAACAAGAAAGUGCUGAGUCUCAAGCUUGAAGUAUAUGACAACAAGGGAGCAGCCUGCUGAGGAUUUGCAUUGCUGAUCUCCCAUGGAAAGCACAUGUCCUCCUGCUCUCUGAGGUUUGCAAGGAUCACUUCUGUAUGGCCCCUGGUGUUCUUAUGACUUCUUUCCAGCUUGGUGGAACAAAAGUUGAAAGUCCUACUUACAGCAAGACAGCCAUGCAGACCAGCCUAAAGAUGGCAGUGGACGAAGAAAGUGACAACAAGCCAAGAGUGAAUGCAGCAGUUCUGCCCUUCAGUGUGGAGGCAUUGAUGGCAGACAGGAAGCCUGGGAGAGAAAGGGACAUCUCCAGCCCCACUGUGUCCCCACUAGCUGGGACAUCCCAGAGUCCAAAGAUGGGCUCCCUGGCUGCUCCAGACACCCCCAGCUCCCCUAUAUCCCUCAACAGCCAUUUUACUGUAGGAGGACUCAUGAAACUCCCCGAAGAAGCACUUGUCAAGUCUGAGAGCCCUGAUAGGGAGAGGAACCCCUGGAUGCAAAACCCCAGAUUCUCUCCGUCCCCUACAAGGAGAAUGAGCCCCCCAGCUUGCACUCUGAGAAAGCACAAAACCAACAGGAAGCCAAGGACUCCCUUUACCACCUCCCAACUUCUGGCCCUGGAGAGGAAAUUCAGGCAGAAACAAUACCUUUCCAUAGCCGAAAGAGCCGAAUUCUCCAGUUCACUCAACCUGACGGAGACUCAGGUCAAGAUCUGGUUCCAAAACAGAAGGGCAAAAGCCAAAAGGCUUCAAGAAGCAGAACUGGAAAAACUCAAAAUGGCAGCCAAGCCCAUGUUGCCACCAGCUUUCGGCAUCUCCUUCCCUUUGGGGACUGCUUUACCCACAGCUUCUUUGUAUGGAACCUCCAGUCCUUUCCACAGGCCUACCCUGCCAGUAUCACCCAUGGGACUGUACACUGCACAUGUUGGAUACAGCAUGUAUCAUCUCUCAUAAGAAAGCCACUUGAACCCAAUCCAGACUUUUUGGCAGGGACCUUGUGUGACAGCUUUCUGCUCCUCCAUAACUUGUGUCACUAUUUCUGAAUUCCUAGGGAAUUCAUCGGUAGAAAUACUAUAUCACUUCAACAUGUAUUGCCAUUAUCGCCUUGUUAGCUGCGCCAGACUAGAGGAACCCUACAGCCUACUUGUGGAAGGUUAACCGUGUUCCGGCAAACUGGAAAUCCCAAAAUAAAAUAAUAAAAAAAUAAUAAUAAUAAUAAUAAUAAAAAAGACAAAUGCAUAUUCUCCAUGUUCAAUCCAAUGCAAGAAUUUGAGAUGCUAGGUUUGGUUUAAAAAAAAAUCCUAAAAUAGUACAGGAACCUAUCAGUAAUAUUUACUAUUAUUGUAGUAGUCCAACCAAAGGCUCUGCAGCUGUUGCUGUUAUCAGAGCAUGCUGAGAGUUGUAGUUUCCUAAAAGAUGGGGAGCCACAGGUUUCAGGCGACCAGUGUUUUCCAACCAGGGUGCCUCCAGC